AUGUCUCCAACACCUGAAGAGGGGGAUCCCGUCGUUGUAAAGGAUUCAAGCAUCAAGGCGGAGGAUACUCCCGCUUCCGAAGCAAGCAAGAGGCAGGCUGCUAAGAGGAGGACCAAGACUGGCUGUCUAACAUGUCGCAAAAGGCGAAUAAAAUGUGGCGAGGAGAAGCCGGUGUGCAAGAACUGCGUCAAAGCAAAACGCGAAUGCGCCGGUUAUGUGCAACCACUCAUCUAUAAACAACAAGCCCAAGCUCCCCUGACCGCGUUUCCUAUCCCUACAGAGCGCUUUCUGUCGCUUCAGGGCGAAGGCAUCCCACCCAGCGGUUUCCUGAAUCUACGCCUGCCAUCCGAGCAGCAGUAUCUGGGAGGCUAUCACAGCCUCAACCCUUCGGUCCCGCCUCCUUCCCAAUCACGACCUUUCGAUGCCAGUUAUCAUGCGCUGCCUCAGCUACCCUCUAGCGUCGUGCCUUAUCCGGAUCCUCAGGCGGAAGCAGUUGAUGCAUGGCGACACUCUGUCGGGCCAAUGUACCAUGGGACAUCUGAAUCAAUGGGACAGAGUGUAUCUGGACCACCUGCGGCAUAUGGUCAUGAAAUAGCAUUCCCGACUUCUUCCUUUCCAACUGAUCCCCAGUCAGUGGGCCAAGUGGCAAUUCCAGGCUCUCAGGGGUUUCCAGUACCAUAUCAGAGAUUGCCUUCUGCUUUCCCUGCCUACCCGAGAUUUGCGCAGGGACACCAGACUCCAGUUCUUUUCCACCAACCACCUCCGCCGCAUGUACAAGCUGUUACUCAUGGAAGUAUAGAUGAUAACGUGGCUAGGCAAUACAGUGUUCAUGGCUUUAUCCAGCAUCCAUAUUCUGUACGAUCAAUACUGCCUCCAACUUCUAUGACAGCUGCAGACACCGAGCUUGCAACGGUUGAUGAUGACCUCAACGACCCCGACGACCCUUUCGACGUGGAGAUGGACGAAAGUGAGAUGUCUUUCCAAGAUGCUACGGACAACCUUACACAGAUACUUGAUCAGUCCGGACAGCAUAGUUGGUGGAACCAGAGGCCAGGAACCUCACGAAGAGUGCAAUCCGGGACUCUGGCAGAAUCGCGCCCUGCGAUGACCAUGUCACCGUUGCGGGAUGAGAAAAACGAGCGCACUUUCCGGCAUUUUGUCGAGAUUACAAGUCAAUGCGUUUCCAUAUACGAGAGGCAUCACUUCAGCCCUAUAGCCGCCCCGGCAAGGACUCUCUGGAAUUUCACGAUCCCAGCCAUGGCCUUGUCGCAUGCUGCACUUGCACACGCAAUUCUGGCGACGGGUGGACUGCAUCUGGCCAAGUUAUCCAAUUCAUCUGAAGACCCAGCCGUCAAACACUUCACGUACGCAGUUCGAAGAGUAGGAAAGCUUCUUAGUCUUCCCAGGCGACGUCAUGAGAUUGCGACACUGGCGACGAUUCUCGUGCUCGGCUUCUAUGAGGUUCUGAGCGGAGACCACUCGCGUUGGAACUUGCAUUUGUCCGGUGCCACUAAGCUAGUGUUGGAACAUGAUUAUGCUGGUAUGAUCCGUCAGGCAAGGCGCAUGCGACAGGGAGCGAAAGCAAGAGUGAAUCAGUGGACUGCUAAAUUCUCCUUGACACAGGAGAACUAUGGACGGGUGGCGGCGAUACCUCUUGCGCUUCUGGACGACAUCGACUGGGAGGUCGAUGCCACUUUAAUCAGUCGGUUGACAGGGUUUACUGUGGACUAUGAUCAUCAGGCCCAGCCAAACUUCGAAUCAGGAACGUGCCUAGUUGAUCUCUCUGAGAAGGAUGUCGAAGACCUCAAGACGAAAAUGGAUCUGAGGUGGUGGUACUGUAAGCAAGACGUGUUUCAAAGUUUGGUCAGUGGUGAUCCGCUCUUGAUGCCAUAUGAACACUGGAGAUACUGCCCUCCGAGAGGUCAGAUUGGGAGGGCCGACAAUCCCUACGCCACCUUUGAUCAUUUGCUUCUGGUCAUGGCCCGGCUGGCCGACUUUGGAGGCAAAGAUCGAUCCCGCAAGCAACGCGCAGUUGCCGCUCGAGGAGGCCAAUGGACACCACCCAAGUGGUUAUUCGGGCCGUCGGGGGCUCCGGGUGCCCCUGGAGCCCCCGUGGGCAAAGGUAAAGCGAAAUCUGGGUCAAGCCACAAGUCCUCUGGCCCAGACUCUGGGAUGAGUGGUGCUUCAGUGAAGUUCGCCGGCCAAACCGCUACGAAGCCCUCGCCAGCUCCCAGUGCUAAUGAGGGCAGAGUCAGACAAACUAGGCCAGGUCCAAGCCAGGGGCCGGGCGCCGGGCCGACAAGCAGUCCGCCUAUGUUUGGUAUGAUGCCUCCGCCCAGCGAGCCUGUCCAGAUGAAUUCCGCAUUGCGAGCCAUGCAGGCCAGCAUUCGGGAUCCAGCUUAUGCAGUGAGCCAAGAGCCAAAAGGGGCGUCGCCGCCACGAGAUCUCGAAGACGAGACUUCUAAAGCGUUUGCUGAACAUGCUGAAAUCGCUAAAGCAUUCGAGAUCUUCAAAAGGACUCUAGGUCCUGAAUUCGAUCCCUUGCCAGCUCCUGAGUCACCCAUAGCAACACCAUUCGGGCCGGCUCUGGUAUACAGGAAUGCAGCAAUAGCUUGCACAAUGGCGUUCUACAACGUUGGGCGCAUUUUAUUGCAGCGUUUGCAUCCAGAAAUGCAUCCUGCCGCGAUGAUAUCGGCUGGCGUCACGGCACAUCUUACGCGCGACUAUGCUCAGAACGUGGGCAAGAUCUGUGCAGGGCUCUAUUCAACACAAAGAUAUGGUCAAAGCGGAGCCCUGGACCCUGCCUUCGGCGGUGAAUUGAUGGAGAGUACAUUUCCACUUCUCUUUGCUGGUGUGCAAUACACCGAUGCUGGCCAGCGUGGGUGGACCAUCAGCAAGCUCCAAGACGUUGCAACGAGGUGCGGCUGGCGAACGUCCGCUGCCAUUGCCGCUGCUUGCGAGAUAGCCUGGGAAAAGAUGGGUCAGGCGGGAAAGGCUCCUCCUUACCAUCGUACGCUCAGUAGACAUGACAAAGACGCCCGCGUCAACGGUGCAAGGUUGAGAGGGGCUCCCGCUGCAGGCCAAGAUGAUGGUGGACAGCAGAAGUCGGCUGCUGAGGCCGCACAUGAGUCCGAAUUUGUCCAUCACGAUCGCAGCUUGAUCGACCGAUCCGGUUCCACCAGAGUGCACUGGGCACUAGGCUUACUCUCUGUCGAGGAAGAUAUCAAGAGAAUGAAUCUGGAAAAUGGAUGA